AUGUCAAUAGGCUCUGUGAGGUCUACGGAGAGUCCAGAGAAUUCUCCAAUUAUUGUGACCACAAAUGGGCCGAAGGGUCGCGAUAUCACUAUCGAAACUGCUGCGCCCGUUUCGAGUCUUGGUCUUGUUACUCUCCCUCCGACACGAACAUACCCCUUCGACGUUGUCUUUGGUCCCGAGGCUGAUCAGGCGAUGGUCUACCACGACGUAGUAAGCCCAAUGUUAGACGAAGUCCUGAUGGGUUACAACUGCACGCUAUUCGCAUAUGGUCAAACGGGUACAGGCAAAACUUACACUAUGCAGGGCGAUUUGUCGACCACACCCAUGGGCAACCCAUCGCCACAAGCAGGAAUGAUUCCCCGAGUCCUGUUUCGCCUAUUCCAUCAGUUGGAGUCUUCGGGUACAGAUUACAGCGUGAAGAUCUCAUUCGUCGAGCUGUACAAUGAAGAGCUUCGUGAUCUGUUGGCACCAGACCUGGCGGCGCCAGUAGGAUCCACACAGCCUAUGGGGAUGGGUGCCUCCAAGGAUGCAGCCGCCCAGGGAAACCUGAAGAUCUUUGAUGAUGUCACCAAGAAGGGUGUCUUCAUCCAGGGUCUCGAAGACGCAUGCGUCAAGGACGCCGCGGAUGCGCUCGCGCUCCUCACCAAAGGUAGCCAGAGGAGACAAAUCGCAGCGACCAAGUUCAACGACCAUUCUAGUCGCUCACAUUCUGUCUUCUCCAUUACUGUCCACACAAAGGAGACGUCGUCGGUAGGCGAUGACCUCUUGAAAGUUGGUAAGCUGAACCUGGUUGACUUGGCGGGUUCCGAGAACAUCGGGCGUUCCGGGGCGGAGAACAAACGUGCUAGAGAGGCAGGCAUGAUCAACCAGAGUCUCCUUACACUGGGUAGAGUUAUCAAUGCCUUGGUUGAUCAUUCGUCUCACGUACCCUAUCGAGAGUCCAAGCUAACCCGUCUACUACAAGACUCCCUAGGAGGUCGGACCAAGACAUGUAUUAUUGCUACCAUCUCUCCUGCGCGAUGCAACUUGGAGGAGACGCUCUCGACACUAGACUACGCCAUACGAGCGAAAUCAAUUCGAAAUAAACCCGAAGUGAAUCAGCGCAUGACGCGCAACGCGUUGCUGAAGGAGUACGUUGCUGAAAUCGAGCGGCUCAAGGCAGACGUUCUCGCUGCACGGGAGAAGAAUGGGAUCUUCUUCGCAGAGGAGACGUGGAAUCAGAUGGUUGCUGAGCAGGAGCUCCGCGAGACGGAAAUCCAGGAGGCUCGCAAGCAGGUCGAGAUCGUCGAAAGCCAGUUGCGAAAUGUUCGUGAGGAGUUCGAACAGAGCAUCGCCCUGUUGAUGAAGAGGGACGGGGAGCUGAAGGAAACAAAGGAGAAGCUGAAGGAGACGGAGGGGGAACUUGAGGUCACAGAAACCCAGCUGAGGACGGUGAAGGUAGCCUUGGAUGAGGAAGUCGUCGUCAGACAGGCCUACCAAGACAGCGAGGGCAAUUUGGACAGCGUUGCGCUUGGUCUGAGGAAGGUUGCUCAGGAAGGCUUGGGCGAUCUUGGACGCCUGCAUAGCAAGCUUGAACGCAAGACAUCCGUCUUCAACUCCAAUACCAAGGCUAUUUCUUCUAACAGCAAGAUUCUCUCCACCGAGACGCUGGCGUUGACGACGAAACUGGAUUCCUUCGUCAAGCUCUCUAGCUCGCAUCUGCAGAAUAUCCGAUCAGAGGCUGAACAAUUCCAGACGAAAGAGCGCGAGUCGCUCUCGCUGUUCUCGCAGCGUAUCAACGAGCAGCUCGAGAAAGUCCGGGAAGGUUUGCAGGUUAUCCACACACGAGAAGAGGCAUCAGGCAACGCGGUAGGCGCCAUACAGAGCGCUAUCGCGGAGAUGCAAGAGAGUCUGAAGAAAGGCUUCAAUUCUUGGACUGAGGACCUCCGCAGCCACUGUGAGACAACUUGUCAGGAAGUGGAAACGUCCACUAUGGCUGUUUGUGCUAAUGUAGAAACUACGUUCAGGGCUCUUGGUACUCUGGCCGAAACCAUUCUGAAAGAAGCACAAGAACACGUUGCUAGCGAGCGGAAGAUGCUGCAAGAGUCGAAGUCAUCGGCGGAUACAGCGACCAGUGCAGAGAUUCUCCGCUUACAGCAGCAGAACGCACUCUUGACUCGUCUCUUGGAGUCCGAGCAGCAGAAAGCGGAGCGGCUCAAGGAGGAGCUGAUCAAGAACAUUUCCGGUCUGCUUGGAGAGUUCAUUGCGAAGCAAGAUCACAGUCGUCGAGAGGCCUUCUCCGAGAUGGCGGAGAGCAACAACACUGCUGAACAGGAGAUGACACAACUCAUGCAGGAGCAAGGUCAGCGACUAGAGAACGCGAUUGCCCGAGGUCGACAGUGGAGUGUCGAUCUGGAGCGUCGAGGUGCGGAAGGGAAGAGAACCCGGGAUGGAGGCAUCAAGACCAUCAACUCUGCACGGACAACCAUCCGAGAUGGUCUUGCAGAUGUGCAGAACUCCGUCAUGACCUCGACAUCGGUGUAUUCUGCGGACCUUCACCGGCAGACCCAGAAAUUCGAUUCAUCAUGCAGCGACGCUUUCGAACGAGUUUCUCGAGCCAAGAGAGCACGAAUAGAGGCGACGGACGCCAUGGCUGCUGAAACGCAAUCAGGCUAUCGAUACGUCAAUCGUGGCGUCGCUUCGACAUCGCGCAAUAUCGAAACAUCGUCCACACGGAUACUUUCAGAUAGUUCCAGCAUGACCGUGGCUAUGGAGCAAUAUCAUUCAGCUGCCGUCUCUCAUAUAUCCGGUUUGCGCCAGGCAACACACUCCAUCGUCGAGGACGGCGCAAAGGAGGAUAGGCCGACAGGGACAACCCCGCGCAAACGGUCCUGGAACUAUGUCGAUGAAUGGGAGCUGACGGGGAGCAGGGAAGCUCUACUGAAGGAGCGGAGGCGACGAGGUGUCUCGAAUGCCUGUGGCGAAACAUUCCUUGCAGAGCACCUACCUUUACCAGAAGAAGAAGCUCCGGAGGAUGGUGUUCAUGAGGGGAUGCUUGUUGAUGAAGAACCUGAAGCGAUGGAUGAGCCGGAAGAUUCAGAAAACGUGCCACCGUCUGAGGAUCCCCCACCAUCCAACGUCGACUACAUUGCCCCAGCAAACGAUGUUUGGAAUCAAGAAAUUGGCGAACGGGCCAUUUAG